CUCAACAGAUGAGAGAAUAGCGCGUGUCUGUGUGCGCGUGCGUGGAAGGCAGCAGCAGCCCUGCCUACCGUUGACGUUCCUCUCUCUUUCUCUUGUCACUGUUUUUCGGGAGGCGAACUGGGGGAGAGGUCCGCUCUUCUCUCGUCUUUCUUAGAAAACAGAUGGUGUGUUCGUGACCCAGCGGAGACGUAUCUUCGCCCUCACACGCCGGUGACUUCUUCAUUUACCGCUGCAGCACUUUUAACCAAAUCAAAGAGGAGCGGAGAGGAGCCAAGGGCGGACUGGACAGAGAGGAAGAACCAACCGGAGGACUCACUCACUGGGAGGCUGCACGUCCGCCUGCUCUCUUCAAUACAUUGAUUUAUUUACCCGGGCCCUGAACGUCUCCCGGCGUCCAGAAGUGCUGCCUCAGCCGGUUCCUGCUUCCUUUUAAACUGACUGCGUCUUCGUGGACUGUCCCCCAGAAUUAUUCAGCAAGCUAACAGGAACACAGAAAGUCCCCCUGCUUUUUUUUUCUUCUGAACUCAGACCGUGGUGGCCAGAGGGACACUGAGUCCUCGCCUCUGUUUCCUCUUAUCAGCCCCUAUCGGUUGCUGUGUUUUCCACCGGCUGUGCGUGCUUUCCUCCUUUCUCAGCAGAAGACGAUGCAGGUGGAGGUAAACCGGUGACCACAGGGGCUGUUUUGUUAACUAUCCAGCAGCGUGUCAACAGAGAUGAUAGGAUAGCGUCUGGGAGGAUUUGGGGGAAAGUGAAGCGCUAAGUGGGGGGUCAGUGUUGGUUUUCCUUCUUCAGAUGAGGCAGACACACCAUAAAGACAUGAAGUGGAUGUAGCCAACCGGUUCAGUUUUUUUAAAGCAUCAGUUUAAGCUGGAUCACUGUCUUGGUGAUCUGUGCUGCCUUCGCGGACUGUGACAAUGAGGAUUUUAUGAGAAGUGAAGCCUUUUCCCCCCCUAUCUACAUACAGCUAGGCUAAUCUGGGGUGGCAUUUCUUUCUUUCUUUCUUUUUCACCCGGUGUGAACACAACCCCGACUUUUAUUUUUUUCUCCUGGACGGCGAAGCUCACUCAGGGACAAAAAAUGUCUUUACGCACAGCACUGCCUGGAAACGAGCGGAACCCGGACCAUCAUACCUCCCUGUCGGCCAGCCGCUCAGAGAAGGGCACGGGCUGGUCAAGCCGCUCACUUGGUGCCAGAUGUCGUAACUCCAUCGCCUUGUGUUCAGAUGAACAGCCACACAUCGGAAACUACCGACUGCUCAAAACCAUCGGCAAAGGCAACUUCGCCAAGGUUAAACUGGCGCGACACAUAUUGACCGGCAGAGAGGUUGCAAUAAAGAUCAUCGAUAAAACACAACUGAACCCAACCAGCCUUCAGAAGGUGUUUCGAGAGGUACGCAUCAUGAAAAACCUGAACCAUCCAAACAUAGUCCAGUUAUUUGAGGUGAUUGAGACAGAGAAGACACUUUACCUGAUCAUGGAGUACGCUAGCGGAGGGGAAGUGUUCGACUACCUCGUGGCUCAUGGCAGAAUGAAGGAGAAAGAGGCCAGAGCCAAGUUCAGACAGAUUGUUUCAGCGGUGCACUACUGUCAUCAGAAGAACAUUGUUCACAGAGACUUGAAGGCGGAGAACUUGCUCCUAGACGCCGACUCCAACAUCAAAAUAGCCGACUUUGGCUUCAGUAAUGAGUUCAUGGCGGGUAAUAAACUGGACACGUUCUGUGGCUCCCCGCCCUAUGCUGCCCCGGAGCUCUUCCAGGGGAAGAAGUAUGACGGUCCAGAGGUGGACAUCUGGAGCCUGGGGGUAAUUCUGUACACGCUUGUCAGCGGGUCCCUGCCCUUUGACGGACAGAACCUAAAGGAGCUGCGAGAGCGUGUUUUGAGGGGGAAAUAUCGCGUGCCCUUCUACAUGUCAACGGACUGCGAGGGAAUCCUGCGCCGCUUCCUGGUCCUCAACCCCACCAAGCGCUGCUCGCUGGAGCAAAUAAUGAAAGACAAGUGGAUUAAUAUUGGCUAUGAUGGCGAUGAGCUGAAGCCCCACAUGGAGCCUGUGGAAGACUUUAACGAUACCAGCCGCAUUGAUGUGAUGAUUGGGAUGGGAUUCACCAGAGAAGAGAUCAGAGACGCGCUGGCCAAUCGAAAAUACAAUGAGCUCACUGCCACAUACCUGCUGCUGGGGCGCAAGACGGAGACGGAGGUCGCUGACUCUCGGUCUAGCAGCACUUUAAGUCUGGCUCGAAUCCGGCCCGGCACCAUCACCAACGGAACAAGCAAGCACUCCACUUCUUCUUGCUCCUCGGGUGCACAGUCUUCCUCUUCUGGCCAUAAGGCACAGCGCAGUGCCUCCACGUACCACCGCCAGAGACGACACUCUGAUUUCUGCGGUCCAGCUGUUCCAGGAUCAACACACCCCAAACGAAGUCCCAGCGGCGUAGCUGAAGGGGCGGGGCUUAGAGAGGAGCGGCUGUCGAUACGCAAGCCAAGCACCAACACUGUUGGCUCCCGUAGCAUCCCCACCCCCUCCAGUCCCAUGGUUAGCUCUGCUCACAACCCAAAUAAAGCUGAGAUACCUGACCGGCGUAAGGAGGUUAACUCAACCACGAAUAACAUCCCUGCUAGUGCUAUGACUCGAAGGAACACGUAUGUGUGCACAGACCGAUCCAACUCUGAUAGACACGCCCUGCUACAAAACGGCAAAGAAAACAGUUCCACAUCCCACCGCCUCCCCCCUGCCUCCCCCUCUACCCACAGCAUUGCAGGUGCUUCUGGGACCUCCUCGUCAUCCUCCACACCUUCCUCCCGUCUGUCCCGGGGAUCCACCGUUAGGAGCACUUUUCAUGGAGGGCAGAUUAGAGACCGUCGGCCUCCCUCUCACGCUCCUCCAGCGUCUCCUACGCUGUCCCACGAUGCCAGCCCACUGCCCCAUGCCAGAACCCGGGGUACGACCAACCUGCUCAGCAAAAUCACCUCCAAGUUGACUCGCAGGGUCACUCUUGACCCUUCUAAACGUCAGAGCUCAAACAAGUCCAUGUCGGGCUGCACCCUCCCGCAGGGAACAAAAACAGUUAACGAACCUGAGAGAAUCAGCAGAUCUCCGGUCACAAGUCGCCAUCUAUCUGGGCAUCAGAAAGCGGCCGAGCCCCGGACCCCCCGAUGCGGCUGGGAUGUGAGGGUACGGAGCCCCCGUGACCCGGCCGAGGUGGUGCUAGCGCUGCGUGAGGCGGCACAGGGCUGCGGCUGCCAGGUCCACCUGGCCGGGCCUUUCCUCCUGUCCUGCACCCACGGAGCAGCCGGGGCCCGCGUGGCCUUCGAGGCCGAGGUCUGCCAGCUGCCCAGCGGGCUGGGCCAGAGCAGCGGUGUAAAGUUCAAGCGCCUGUGGGGGGCACCGUUAGCCUUUAGAGACAUUGCCACCAAAGUGUCCAAGGAGCUGGAGCUCUGAGGGCAACCGGAGGUGGGGCAGAUUGACAACGCACAGGACAGGUUAAUGAAUGAUGAGGGAUGAAGAGGAGAAGGGUCAAAAGCCCUCUUCUCUUCAUCCCUGGGCUCCACCUCAGCUGACGUGGCUAAUGAUGCCUCGCCUCCGCCAAAGACCCUCUUCUUCUGAUGCCACCAGUCACAGGCAGACAAACGGAUACACAGAUGUGGAUAGGCCACCGCCGCAGGCUUAUGAUGACCCUUGACCUUGGAGCUGUCAGUGACCUACAAUCCCUGCUUAACAUCACCACCAUAAAAAAAUGAGCCCAUAGAGUCAGACUGUUUUUGUUUUCAUGAUUUCAUAUUUGAUGAUGAUGAUGGGGAUGGUGCGAAUGAUGGAGCUUGAUAAGUUGUUGUUGUUGUUGUUGUUGUUGACAUUGUUAUUCCUUUUGUAUCAUAUUUGUUGUCAUUCCUUUUUAAAGAGCUGCUAUUUAAAGAAAUGUUUUAAUUUUUGUGUAUUAAGUUUAUUUUCUUUCUUUAGUGCUUUUAAAACGGGCAGACAUUUGGCAAACAUCACAUAUUUAAGCGAGGGUGUAGUGUGACCUCCGGCCUCUAGAGGGAGACAUGCAGAAAUGCAAAGACAAGCGUUGCAGAAUUUCUGCCCAUCCAUGAACAAAACCGGUGUUUCUGCUCAUUUGGGAGUCUGACAUGUUUGCAUCAUUUCAGGUAAACCGCUUCUCUGCCUGCUGGGCUCAUAUCUGGCAGGUGAAGCCCUUACAGACAAGCAAAGCUGCCUAAUAAUACAGGACCAACCUGAUUAUUUAAGCGUUCGCUCUGAUCCUUAAAAAACAAAUACAACUUCACCAAAUGUUUGUCCUUUAAAGUGCUAAGUUUAAUGUGUUCCUUGCAAUAGAAGAAAUUAAUUUUAAUAUCUAGCAGGAUGUCCCUGUAUCCAUGUUGGUUUCAUCAGUUUUAUGUUGUAUUUUUCCUAAAAAAACAAAAACAAAAAAACAAGCCAAUCGGUGUGCAUUAUUGUGACACAGAUACACAAGUUAAACAACCAGUGUGUAGGAUUUUGUAGCAUGUAAGAGUGAGGUUGCAGAAAACAUCCCUACCACCACAUGGUAGGUUCUCUCUUGAGCUGGUGUUUGGGUUUCUUAGUCUGACCCAACUGACGGUGCGAUGCUCCGGGUGCAGGACAAGCUCCCGCUGUGUAGAUAAAAAUGGCUAAAGUUAAGCUAAAAAAUUUGCAAUGCGUAGUUACAUGUGCUUAUACACUAAUGUAAACAUAACUAUGAAUGCCAUAUACAUUUCUGCUAAUGGAGCUUCAGGCCUCCUACACACUGGUCCUGAUGAAAGCAGUUCCAGUAAAUAAAGAGUAAAAUGCACGUAAAAUGCAUUUAAUGAAAAUACAUUUUUGCCCAUCAAAAUUUUUAAAAAGAAUAUUUAUUUAAAAUGGCAGCAACAACAAAAAAUCUCUUUCCUGUUUUACCAGGUUAAUCCAAACAUGAUUUAACCACCUUUCUACUGACAGUCUCCUAGAUCACUCGUGACCUGCUCAGGGUUUGGGUUUUAGCCACAUGUCACAUGAAGUCUUAUCAGUUCACCCUGGAAUCACUGUUUUCCCUUCACCUAACCAUAAACGCUUGAGCUGGCGGAUGUUGAGGUUAAAAACUUGGUCCACUUUCCAAAAGUGAUGACUCAUAUUUUUAAUAAAAACAUUCAUAAAAGGAAGAAAGAGACCUUUAGGUUUUUUCCUCAUAAUUUUACCCCCAAACACGUGUUGUAGUGUAUACUGGUUUGGUUUCCAGUGGAGGAGCUGAUGCUUCACUGGGUAGUUAAUGGUAGGAAACAGUAUCCCAGCCUGUUGCCACUGCUUCACUUGAGUGUAGUGCAAUACAGAAACAAAGCCAAGAAUCAAGACUUGAAUAAGCACUGAUUAUGAUUAACAGGGCUCCUUGUUUGUUUUAUUUUUUUGUAUUGCUGGAACGUUUUUGAAAUUUGUUAAGCACUUUCUUUCUUUUUUUAGCCACUUUUUCUUUUUAAUAUCCCUUUUUUUUUUCUUUCACCCAUUUAAAGCCCACUACAAAGAAUACUAGGAAUCAUCCUGAAUGUCUUUCUUUGCUUAUAUGGCUUCUUGACUUUACAUGGUAAAACCAGCUGUGACGUCUUCAGGUUUCCAGGUCGAUGUGCCACUUGGUUACAGUGAUGUUACUGUAACCAAAUUAGAGGGAACCGAUGUACAGGUACGUUUAAAAAGUACCAAAUUUCUGAUGAACUCUCAACUCAAAUGAAAAUCUGUCUUACAUCAGUCUUUUUUUUGUGCUUUAUUACACUGAUUUCUUCUUUGAAAGAUCUUUACCAAACUGUAGACUUUAUCCUCUGUUUACCAAUCAGACUGCAGCACUGCUGAAAGGUGUAUGACUGUUGACCAAUCAGACUUAAGUAUUGCUGUAAGAGGUUUAUGACUGUUAACCAAUCGAACUCCUGCCUUGUCAAAGCUCGCGGUGUGUGCGUUGAUGAGACAGUAGUUUAAAGGGGGAAUGUGACCUUGAAUGACCUUUAAUAAUUCAUUUUUCUUUUAUAAAAAAAAAACACUUUGCUGCUCAUUAAAGAUCAUAGUUACCAAAAUUAUACCAACAGAGACUUGGCUGAGCGCUACGCUGAUCACACAUUGGUGCACGGACACUGAUAACUCCAAAAUCAAAAGGUUGUUGUACGUCUAUUGUAACUCUAUAAAGCUACGCAACUAUAACUUGUCCUUUUCAAGUAUGCAGCAUCUGACGAAACACUGGGAAUGGAAAUGUUGGAUGUUAGAGCAGAUUUGUGAUCUUUCACUACAGGAAUUUCUGUUUCAUGGGAGAUUUCAGCCGCGGCAGGUCUCCACCGCUGUCUGAUAAUGUGAAGCUGUGAUUUAGGGCUAGUUUUGCAGAUUUCUUUCUUUUUUGUUUGUUUUAUUUUUUAUUUCGUGUAUAACGGAGCCUCGCCCCGUCGGGCUAUUCUCUAGAUACGGUUAGGGCCGCGCUUUAAGGCUACAGUUCUGUUGUGUAGUGUGUUUAAAGCCGUCGCUGUUAUCAGUAAAACUUAACUUAUGGGCUGAAAUUACAGAAAUGAUCGACCUGCAAUCCUGCAUGUCUCCUUGGAAAUAACGUGUCACACAAAAAUAAAGACUUUCAACCUCUUUCUUAU